GGUCUGUGUGAACAUUAGAGGGGAUCAGAAAACACUCAGAGCUCAGUGAUCCACACACAACAAGCAAGAUGAGUGCUGUGCUGAAGCUGCUGCUGCUGGUGACAGUUAUUCUGCUGGUUUCUGCUCAGGAAUGGAAUAACUAUUGGAGCUUGCCUGAUUCAUACAGAACACACAUUAACAAGGCACUGCAUGAUGCCAAUGGAAAACUUGGGGGUCCUUAUCAUGUUGCCUAUGAAAGCCUCUUGCCAAACCUGAAAAUUACAGAUGAUGACUUCUAUGUAAAUGUGCGUCUGAUGGUCACAACAUGCAGGAAGGAUGAACAGAAAGGUUUCGGACAUCGAGAUGAAUGUGUUACACAAAAAUCUAAAACGCCCUGGAUUGACUGUGUUGUGUGUAAGCCAAAAAAUGGUGAAGAACUAAUUGACUGUGUGAGACAAGUGGAUGCUAAGAAUAGGCAGCACAUUCGAAAAAUGUGUUCAGGUUACCACCGUGGAGGUGGAUCUCUGAUGUCUCACAUAGGCGAGGAUAAUGAGCCGCAGAUUGGAUGUCCUGGAUGUGUCUGACUUUGAGACCCCUGAAGCUGCAUACACGAACCAGGAAACACGCAGACUCCAACUGUGAAUGAAAUGUAAAAAAAAUGUAGUGAUGAUUGUAUAAAAUCAGCUAAUUAUAGACAAAUGGUUAAAAUCUACAUAAGAAAUCAUGCAGACACUUGGGGUAGAUUGCUUUUGAUAAAAAAUACAUUUUAAGUUUAUUCUAGCUGUCUGGCUUCAUGUACACUUUAAAAUAGCUAACACAAUAAUGAGAAUAAAUAUUAAAAACAAAACUAUAUUUUCAUGUUAUAGAGCAUGAUAUGUCUGAGCACAAAGCAUUAAUAAACUAAUAACGGAUACAAAUAUACAUUA